AUUUUUAUUUACAAUAAAAUAGUCAGAGCAGUAUCUAUCAUCAAGUUGUUCAUUCAUUUUGUUUUGAUAUUUGCGUAGAACCCUUGGCGAUAAUAUGUUGGCGCCGGUAUUUAUUAUUGUAAAUAUUCUUGCUGUCCUUGUAGCUUCAGAGCAGUAUGAAGGUGAUACUUGUGAAGUAGAUUAUCGAACAAAUGGUGUUUGUAAAUUUAUAACUGAGUGUCAAGUUAUUUAUCAACAAUUAUUGGCUGGAAAAACACUGGACAAGAAGAGUCUAUGUGGUUAUGAUAGAUUUCAACCGGUUGUUUGUUGUCCAGAGAGUUCUAGUAUUUAUGGAACUCGUCCGACAACCACAAGAAGGCCAAUAAUUUCGACAACUAGAUAUACAACUGUAAGAAUGUAUCCAACAACUACAACAACUGCUAAAACAUUUUCAACUUAUCCAAAUCAACUCACACCAGGAACGAUUGCAAAAAAAAUGUGUGCUGUUUAUGCCAAAUCUGUUUACGCUUUGAUUCAUCAACCUAUUCUACAAGUUAAUCCGAGGCCAAUUAACACAUCUCUUUGCGCAAUAAAAUCAAAAAAACUUAUUGUCGGUGGAACAAAAGCUGAUCCAAAAGAAUUUCCUCAUAUGGCUGCUAUUGGUUUUAAUUCAAAACAAACUCGAGAAAUUUUUUGGCUUUGUGGUGGUACAUUGGUCUCUGAAAUAUUUGUAUUAACUGCAGCUCAUUGUACCUCUUCUUCAGAAUUUGGUGUGGCUAGCUGGGUAAGAGUUGGUGAUUUAAAUUUAGUGAGAAAUGAUGAUGAUGCUUUAGUUCAAGAAAAACGAGUCGUUGAAAGAAUUCGUCAUUCUGGUCAUAAAAAACCAUCACAAUAUCAUGACAUUGCUUUGUUGAGAUUGGAAAGUCCAGUGAGAUUUAAUGCCUGGGUUAGACCAGCUUGUUUGCCAACUUCACCAGCUAUUUUAAAGCCGAAAAGAGCUAUUGCAAGUGGAUGGGGUCGUGAAGAUUGGACUGAUAAAAAAGGUACAGAUGAUCUUUUAAAAGUUGUGCUUGAUCUUGUACCCCAUGCACGUUGCAAAGAAAUUUUUGGUUCUGAUAAAGACACACUUAAACGAGGAAUAAUUGAUGAAUGGCAAAUUUGUGCAGGAGAAGAAGGCAAAGAUACGUGUCAGGGAGACAGUGGAGGACCUCUUGUUGUAUAUGAUCCUGAUUUCGACUGCAUGUAUGAUGUUAUUGGGCUAACUAGUUUUGGACUUGUGUGUGGAUUAACACCUGGUAUCUAUACAAGAGUCAACAAUUAUAUUUCAUGGCUGGAAGAUAAAAUUUGGCCCAAUUUUUAAAUAACUCAAAUAACAAUAAAUUAAAUAACCCAAAUUAAAAUUUACAUAUAUUUUAAAUUUAAAAAAAAAAAAAUCAAUUUUUAAAUAACUCAAAUAACUUGAUAAAUUAAAUAAAUUAAAUUAAAAUUCACAUAAAUUUUAAAUUUAUAAAAAAAAAAAAUCAUAGUUUUAAAUAUUUAUUGAUGUAAAUUGUUUUAUUUUUAAAUUAUUAAACUUUUUAAGUUAAAAAAUUAAAUA